AUGGCGGCCAAAAGACGACUAUUCAACCGCCUAACAAUACUUCCUAGCUCACGACUGACAUAUCAUCUGAACAUUGCCUCUUCAUGUACAGGCUUAAGCAAGCGUGCUAUGGCUGAUCUUCGCUCUCCCUUGGCACCGCGCGUCUUUCCCUGUUCUGGGUGGGAUAUCAUCGACCCUUCCCUAAAAAUCGAAGAGGAGUCAAUACCAACUUACAAAUCCGAAAAUUUUUAUCCAGUGCGCAUCGGAGAGGUAAUUAUUCAACCGUCGAUAUCAAGUAGUGGGCAAGUUGGGCUAUGUCUCCAGCGCGACAGGCAAGCAACUUCUGGCUCAUCGACCCUAGCUAACCGGCCCAGGGACCAUCGUUACAUAGCAUUAAAAAUAAACACGGCUUCGAAAACUGCGGCUCGGGAGAUCGAUAUCUAUAACCAUUUAAAAACAAUCAAAUCUAGUCAUGCUGGUCAGUCGUGCCUGCGACCGUUGAUCGAAGUCUUUCAGACCCAGAGUCCAGAUGGGCAUGGUACUCACAAUUGUCUGGUCCACUCGCCUCUUGGGAUCAGCCUUGACCAGCUCACUUCGUUGCUCCCUAAUGGGGUGAUGAGCAGCGCCAUGGUGAGGACUACCAUACGAAAUAUUCUUGCCGCUCUAGACUUCCUUCACAUGGAGGCAGGGGUUACACAUACCGAUCUCCAACCAAAUAAUAUUCUCCUUGGCAUCAAAGACGAUUCUAUUCUAUGUCAAUUCGAACAAGCGGAGUUUGAAACACCUGUACUACGAAAAAUCCUCGAGGAUCGUACCAUUUACCCAUCACGACCACUCCGCAUCUCUUACGGAACGCCAGUUCUCUGUGAUUUAGGCGAGACUCGAUUAGGGACUGACCGGCAACAGGGUGAUAUGAUGCCAGAUAUCUAUCGGGCACCAGAGGUCAUCUUGGGCAUGAGUUGGGACAGCAAAGUUGAUAUCUGGAAUGUUGGGAUGGUGAUCUGGGAUCUGUUUGAGCAUCGCCACCUUUUCAGGGCGCGGAAUUCCGCACGCGAAUUGGAUGAUGGAUAUCAUCUCGCCGAGGUGCAGGCGGUCCUAGGAAGCCCUCCUGCUGAGUUCCUCGUUCGGAGCGAAAGGAGCCACUUGUUUUGGGAUAAAAACGGUUCGUGCAGACCCCUUUUCCUGGGAUAUAUUAUAGAUAUAAUUUGGCUGAAUCAAAAAUCGUUGACUUGUGUAUCAGGUGACUGGAAAGGCGCAGCUCCAAUUCCGGAUUAUAAUCUUGAUACGCUAGAAGAAAGGCUCAAAGGAGAAGAAAAGGACGACUUUCUACGGUUUCUCCGACGAAUGUUAUGUUGGCUUCCUGAGGAAAGAGCCUCUGCAAAAGAUCUACUAUUUGAUCCUUGGUUAAUGCAUGGUCUCUUCAAGUGA